AUGUCAACAAUUAAUAAUAACACUAAUCCACUAAAACCAAUUACUAGAGCUCAUACCACUCAUUUAAUGGGUGGUAAUCCAAUGUUAAUGGAUGAAAACAAAGUUCCAAAAUCAAUGUUAGAGUCUAAAAAGAUCGGUAUUACCGGUACCAAAACUUCAAGAGGUGCUCUUACAGAUGUUACCAAUAAUUCAAUCUCUUCUAAUCUCACUGGCAAAACUUCAAUGCAAUAUUCAAACAACAUAAUUAUGCCACAAAGCAAUGCCAGAAUCGCUACUAGAUCUAAAUCAUCAAUUGAUUGCAACGGUGCCAAUUUACGUACAAGUGCAUUGAUUAAUGGUAUUUCCACCAAUGGUCCACUCGUUAAAGUUGCUAAACGUGAUAUGCCAACCGAAAUGAUUCCAGAGAUUAUCGAUGCCUCAGAUGACGAUACAAACUCCGACAACAUGUUAAUCGAUCAACAAGAGAUCCCAGAAAAUAUCGAUAUCUAUGAUAGCCACGAUCCACAAUGUGUUGGUGAAUACGUCAAUGAAAUUUUCGCAUACUACCGUGAAAAAGAAAUUGUUGACCGUAUUGAUAAAGAUUAUAUCAAAAACCAAUUUUAUAUUAAUGAUCGUAUGCGUGCUAUUCUCGUAGAUUGGAUGAUGGCUGUUCACGUUCGUUUCAAGUUACUCUCAGAAACUUUCUUCCUCUCUGUAAAUAUCGUCGAUCGUUAUCUCUCCAAAGUCGUCAUUCCAGUUACCAAGCUUCAACUUGUUGGUAUCACUGCUAUUCUUUUAGCCUGUAAAUACGAAGAGAUCUACAGUCCACAAAUUAAAGAUUUCGUCCAUACCUCCGAUGAUGCUUGCACCCACGCCGAAGUUAUUGAUAUGGAAAGACAAAUUCUCUCUACCCUUCAAUUCCACAUGAGUGUCACCACUCCACUUCACUUCCUUCGUCGUUUCUCCAAGGCUGCUGGCUCUGAUUCACGUACUCAUUCUUUAAGCAAAUACCUUUCUGAAUUAGCUAUGGUCGAAUAUAAAAUGGUCCAAUAUUUACCAUCAAUGAUUGCCGCCGCAUCAAUUUAUGUUGCUCGUCGUAUGACCAUGAAAUCUGGUCCAUAUUGGAAUGUUACACUCGAAUUUUACACUUGUUACAAAGAAUCUGAUAUCAUCCUUUGUGCACAAGAUCUCAAAGAGGUCAGAAAGAGAGCUGAUAAUUCAAAUCUUAAAGCCACCAAAAAGAAAUACAUGUCCGCUAAAUUAAUGGAAGUUGCUACAAUCCCAGUUGUUGAUUUUUAAAUUUUACAAAUAAUUGUAAUAUUAAUUUUCAACAAAACUUUCUCAUCUUUUUCUAUUGUAGUAAUAUUUCUUUUUCCUUUUCACCCAACACACUUUUUAAAAAUAGUUUUCAUAAUAAUUCCAGCCUCUCAACUAGAUAAUCCAUUUUUUUAUUUUCCUUCCCUUAGGGGUAUUGGAGGAUAUUAUAUUUAUAUUGUUCAAAUCUCCACCAACCAAACAAAUAAUAAUUUCCAAAAAUUUUUUUAAUUAUUUUGCCCCAAAAAAAAAAAAAAAAAAAAAAAAAAAAUUUAUCUUUUUUUUUUAAUGUAUAGUUUAAAAUGGUAUAUAUAAAAAACAAAAAGAUAUUUGAAAUUAAAAUAACAUUUGUAGAUUAUUUUAAUCAUAAUUUAUUUUUUA